AUGUCUUCGGGCUCUAACAACUGGCUUGCCCCAAUCCUGAAAUCUUGCGAGUCUGUCAUCACGCCAGCGGGAACGUCAAAAGGCCGUAUCGCCGCCGGCGUCUUCCUGUUCUACGCUCUACUAGUACGACUCUCCCGAUGGCGAAAGUACGAAGCCAUACAUCGCAAGUACGUGCAUAAGAUCGACAGCUUGACCCCGGAGGAGGCGCAGGAGAUCGUCCUUUUAUCAUCGAGUUGGGAUAUGCCGAACUUGAGUGGGUAUGCUCUUGCGUUUGCGUUGUUCAAGACGUAUGCGAAUCCAUCGAUAUCGAGUAUACUUGCAAAGUCGAAGGAGCUAACCGCUGCGGAUACGGUGUCGAAGCGUUACCUAGAUACAGGAAUCAUCGUUGCAACUUGGACCGCCUGCCCUAUCACGCCAACGACUCGAUUAGAGUCUGCCAAAGCAGACUCAGGCUCCUCUCCUGAUCCUCGAGCGUUUAUUGCUACGGCCCGUGUCAACUGGUUGCACGCGAAGUAUCCAAUCACCAACAACGAUUAUCUGUAUACUCUUGGCUUGUUUAUCAAGGAGCCGAUCAACUGGACGGAACGUUUUGAAUGGCGCAGGCUUUCUCCUCUUGAAUGCCAGGCCAGAUUCGUUCUUUGGCGCCAGAUCGGCACCCUCAUGAACAUAAACGACAUCCCUGAGUCGUUGGAAGCGUAUGAUUCAUGGCUGGAAGAAUACGAACGAGCCCACAUGGUCCCAGCGGAAACUAACCAUAAGCUCGCAGAAGGCACACUCAACGAACUAACCUACUCCGUUCCUAAAGCAUUCGGCCUUCAAGCUUUUGUGAGAAGGGUAGUGAUCAGCCUACUUUCCGAUCGUGUUCGCAUGAGCAUGAUGCUGCCCGAACAACCUCGUUAUAUCCAUCACCUCGUGAACUACACGCUUCUCUCCAUCGCGAUAUGCCAACGAUACCUCCUCCUUCCCCGCUGGACCCCUCGACUCUUCUUCACGAGGGACGACUUCGAGGAGCCACCCAAUGACGGCUCACUCCCGCGCAUGCGGCCGGAUUGGUUUCAAGCGAAACCAUGGUACAAACCCGAACCUCAAGGCCUCUUCCGCCUAUUCCAACACCUCCAAGUUCACCUUGGUCUUUUAAAAGCCGAGGAUCUACCCGGUCCCAAGUACAUGUCGCAGGGCUACAGGUUGGAGGAGACGGGACCCGUCCGGUACGCGCCAAUGGGCUGUGAGGAAGUCAUCCGUAUGGCGGCUGAGAUGCAGGGCUGUCCUGUGGAGGGGCCUUGGGCCCGAACCUCGGAGGACUGA